AUUAACAUUUCGGCAUCGUCAGAGACAGAAAACCGACAUGUGACAACACGUAAAUAGUCUGGACCACUUCUGUGGGAUCAGGAUACCUUUGUAUAAUUCAAAAAAAAAACUGUAAACAUUCAUCGAUGAUUGUUUUUUCAUCAACUCCUGUUGCUUCCCGGGUUUAAAGAGAGCUGAUUUGAAAUUCAUCGAUGAUUGUUUUUUCAGGCGGUGAAGUGGGUGGUGACACGGGAAAUAUAAUGGAAGCCAUAGAGAGGGCGAAGCAUGGGAUCAAUGAUAUGGAAGUCAGGCCAGAGUCUCAGCUGAACCAAACCACGACAAACCGGCUAGAGAUCAAACCAACUGAUUCCAACUCUCUUUGUAUCAUUUUGUUAGUUAAUAUGCAUUAUACAUAUGCAUCAAUUUACUUAUAAUGUAAACAUUGAUAUGAUUGUUUUAUUUUAGUAAAGAGUCUAAAGACCUAUUUUCAUGCUAAUCCAUAAUCUUCCUAGCAUCUCUCUCAUCCCCUGAAAUUAAAAUUAGAUAAUUCAUUCCUAAUAUAUUCUUUUCUUAUUCUCCUUUUAGAAAAAAAAAAUGGUUUUGUUUUUGGCAGUAACGAGAUGGAACUUCCCCAACGAAUAGGAAUAGUGAUCUUUCCUCUUAUCCUACUUACUAUAGCUCCAAUCCUUUAUCUUCUUAUUGGUUAUCCUCUCUAUUAUUCAUCAUCAUCAUCAUCGCUAUACAAACGUUUAACAACUUCAUCAUCGGAGAAACCUUUGCCAUUGCUUUCUUCUACCUCUAACCAUUCAUCUGGCUCAUCACCAAUACUAUCAUCAUCAUCAUCAUCGGAUUAUUCGGAUCAUGAUGAGACAUUAUUUUUACAACAAUCGGUGGAUGAUAACGAUUAUGACGACACAUUUCAUGGUCUCAAGCCACCUCCAUCUUUGCACAACGAUAUUUCCAUCUUAUCAUCAAAUGUUGAUCAUCAAGAAAAGAAGCAUCGCCGAAAAAGGAGAAAAACGAAGGAAUGCGAUCUAUUCACCGGUGAGUGGGUCCCGAACCCUGAAGCUCCGUACUACACAAAUACCACAUGUUGGGCGAUACACGAACACCAAAACUGCAUGAAAUAUGGAAGACCUGAUUUAGGUUUCUUGAAAUGGAGAUGGAAACCGAAAGAGUGUGAUCUCCCUUUGUUUGAUCCUUACGAGUUUCUUGAGAUCGUUAGAGGAAAAAGCAUGGCGUUUGUUGGUGACUCCGUUAAUAGAAACCACGUACAGUCUUUGAUCUGCCUACUCUCGAGGGUGGAAGAACCCGAGGAUGACUCACGACAACAAGACUUCGACUUUAACUUCCAAAGAUGGAAAUACAAAACGUACAAUUUCACAAUCGCCACCUUUUGGACAACACAUUUGGUUCGGUCCGAGGAAAACGGUCCAGCUGGUCCUAACUCAUUCUAUAACCUCUACCUUGAUGAACCGGACCCUUCUUGGGCUUCCCAAGUCGCCGAGUUCGAUUACAUCAUCAUCUCCUCAGGGCAGUGGUUCUUUCGACCACUCUUCCUUUAUGACAAACAAAAAAUGAUAGGAUGUUUGUAUUGCUACAUUCCCGGAGUCAGAAAUGUCGGUGCACAUUUUGCAUAUAGAAGAGCAUUAAGAACAACCUUUAAAACAAUCAUCGGAUUGGAUGAUUUUAAAGGAGAGGUGUUUCUAAGAACAUUUGCACCUUCACACUUUGACAAUGGUGAAUGGGAUAAAGGUGGUAAUUGCUUGAAAACUCAACCUUUCAGGAGCAAUGAGACUGAGUUGGAAGGCAUGAAUUUAGAGACACACACUAUUCAACUCGAUGAAUUUCGCAUUGCGAAAAGAGACAGAAACAAAAACAUUGGAUUAAAUUUGAGAUUACUAGAUGUAACACAAAUGAUGUUGUUAAGACCAGAUGGACAUCCGAGCAGAUUUGGACAUAAACCGGAAGAUAAAGUUAUAUUGUACAAUGAUUGUGUACAUUGGUGUUUACCAGGUCCUAUUGAUUCAUGGAACGAUUUUUUACUCGAAAUGUUGAAAAUAGACAUUUAG